GGGGAGCCGGGAACCCGGAAGUACUUCUCGGCGGAGGCCUGGGCGACUCUUUUGAAUGGAAUCGGGCUGAUUCAUCGCCGGUUCUCGGAGCCAGGUCCUUGUUGACUGUGAGGCGCUGCCCUCGCCGCCGCGUCGCCGUAAGGCCAGGAGAGAGACUGAGUGAGAGAGAAAAGAAAAAACUACUUGUAAAAAGUUAUACCUGCCAGAAUUAGCAAGAAUUGAAGUUAAGACAUUUGUCAGAUUCAACAAAUUGAAGCUUAACACCGUAAGAAUUACCGUUACUGAACAGAAAUAUGGACAGACUUCUUAGACUUGGAGGAGGUAUGCCUGGACUGGGCCAGGGUCCACCUACAGAUGCUCCAGCCGUGGACACAGCAGAACAAGUUUAUAUCUCUUCCUUGGCAUUGCUAAAGAUGUUAAAACAUGGCCGUGCUGGAGUUCCUAUGGAAGUUAUGGGUCUAAUGCUUGGUGAAUUUGUUGAUGAUUAUACCGUCAGAGUGAUUGAUGUAUUUGCUAUGCCACAGUCAGGAACUGGUGUCAGUGUAGAAGCCGUUGAUCCAGUGUUCCAAGCCAAAAUGUUGGAUAUGCUCAAACAAACAGGAAGGCCCGAGAUGGUUGUUGGUUGGUAUCACAGUCACCCUGGCUUUGGCUGUUGGCUUUCUGGUGUGGAUAUCAACACUCAGCAGAGCUUUGAAGCCUUGUCGGAGAGAGCUGUGGCAGUGGUUGUGGACCCCAUUCAGAGUGUAAAAGGAAAGGUUGUUAUUGAUGCCUUCAGACUGAUCAAUGCUAAUAUGAUGGUCUUAGGACAUGAACCCAGACAAACGACUUCCAAUCUGGGCCACUUAAACAAGCCAUCUAUCCAGGCAUUAAUUCAUGGAUUAAACAGACAUUAUUACUCCAUCACUAUUAAUUAUCGGAAAAAUGAACUGGAACAGAAGAUGCUGUUAAAUCUGCAUAAGAAGAGUUGGAUGGAAGGAUUGACGCUUCAGGACUACAGUGAGCACUGUAAACACAACGAAUCGGUGGUGAAAGAGAUGCUGGAGUUGGCCAAGAAUUAUAAUAAGGCUGUGGAAGAAGAAGAUAAGAUGACACCUGAGCAGCUGGCAAUAAAGAAUGUUGGCAAGCAGGAUCCCAAACGUCAUUUGGAAGAACAUGUGGAUGUGCUUAUGACUUCAAAUAUUGUCCAGUGUUUGGCAGCAAUGUUGGACACCGUUGUGUUUAAAUAAAGCAGCGCAGAGAGCUGUCAGGGACACUCUCGGGUGCAUUUCUGUGUUGUCCCUGAUGCUCACAAUCAGGGGAACUCUAAAGGUGAUCUUGUGGUGAGGAAGAUGCCUGUGCCACCUCCAUCUCAGUUGUGCAGUUUCUUCUGUUCAUUUAGUCAGGGUUUUGCAGAUUCUAAAGUUGUUCAGGAAUACAUCAAAGUGGACAAAUUUUGUUAAGAUUCCAUUUACUAUUUGAAAAAAAAAAUCAGUAGCACAAAUAUAUUUUGAUUGUUGCUUACAAAAUAAAAUACAUUUACAAUCCA